AUAAGAAAUAUCAAGAUUUUUCCAUGGUUUCCAACAUCUUCAAUCCUAAAGAGUUGAGGAGGAUCAUCUAUUGUUUCACCCUUAAUGCAAAAUACGGUUCGCGCUGUGAAGGGCUAUUUCGAGGAACCAGAUCACUAGGGAAUGGUCAGCAAUAGAUAGCAAGCUUUUAAGUAAAAGUUGCAGAAUAGAAGUCUCUGCUUGAAUUUUCAAAACCACAGGGAAAAGCACCACGGGGUAGAAAUUGAUAGUAGUUUUAAUGACCAACCACUAUCAAUAUCAAUAUAGCCAUGUCAUUCUUUAACCCUUUUGUCGGUACUUCUCGAUCUGGCGAUGCUUGGUUUCUAGCUGGUCCUACAUCUUCCUUUCCGAACAUUACAGCCUCCGGAGAUACUGUCCUAUCCGAUCGCUUACCAUGCAAAGGUGCUUUCGCACCUGGAUGCAAAGUCUUUCAUGUACCUGUUACCAAUAAUACUCAAGCAGUUGAAGUCGAGCUUGAUGAUGCUGUAGCAGCUGGACUCAAGGAGCAAGUCGUAGUGUUUCAAUACCAAGGCAAGUUUCAUGCCGUUGAUCAUAACUGUCCACAUUCCUCUUUCCCACUUUCACGAGGCACACCGUUUGACAUUGAGGAUUUUGGCAUACGGUUGAGUGUAGGAAUACAAUGUCCAAAGCAUAACUGGUCUUUUGAUUUGAUUCAUGGCAAAGGCGACCGAGGAAGUUAUAGGCUGAAAGUCUGGGAAGUUCAACUACGACCAAUUUCUGGAGCGGAGAAUGAAGAGAGGGAGGUUUGGGUCAGAAGGAAGCAAAGGAUAGGAUAA